GCCAUUUACAAAUCAGUAGCAGUUGUCCACUUCGGUUCGCCCUUUCCGCCACCGACAACCACCGCAACAAAUCCCCAACAUGUCGGAGACAAAGUUCAGCGUGAUGGUGAGCCUGUUCAACUGGAUGCAGAAGAGCAAGUCUUCCUCCGUCAAGCGUUCCAAAUUCCGGAAGUUUCUUGACACCUUCUGCCGCCCCAAGAACGGCGACGACUACUUCUCGGCCAUCCGCUUGAUCCUACCCAGCCUCGACCGCGAGCGGGGAUCGUACGGACUGCGCGAGCACAUUCUGGCCACGUGCCUCAUAGACGCCCUCGGCAUGUCUCGCGACUCCCCUGACUCUCAGCGCCUCCUCAACUGGCGCAAGGGCGGGCCCAAGUCUGGUAACUUCGCCGGGAACUUCUCUCUCGUUGCCGCCGAGGUGCUACAGCGGAGGCAGGCUAUGACUUCAGGGAACUUAACUAUAAAAGAAUUAAAUGAUUUACUUGAUCGAUUGGCUUCUAGUGAAAAUAGGCCAGAGAAGAUUUCUAUCCUUUCUGAUUUGAUCAGGAAAACUAAUGCCCAAGAAAUGAAGUGGAUCAUCAUGAUAAUUCUGAAAGAUCUUAAGCUGGGAAUAAGUGAAAAAAGCAUAUUUCAUGAAUUUCAUCCUGAUGCUGAGGACUUGUUCAAUGUCACUUGUGAUCUAAAAUUAGUUUGUGAAAAAUUGCGGGAUCGUAGUCAGAGGCAUAAGCGCCAGGACAUCGAAGUUGGCAAACCUGUUCGGCCCCAACUAGCACUGAGGGUCAGCAAUGCAGCUGCUGCAUGGAAAAAGCUUCACGGAAAGGAAGUUGUUGUCGAGUGCAAAUUUGAUGGUGAUCGCAUCCAAAUCCACAAAAAUGGAGCAGAGAUAAACUUUUUCUCAAGGAAUUUUCUUGGUCAUCCUGAAUAUGAACAUGGCAUGUCAGACGUUAUAAGAGAGAACAUUUUGGCUGACAGGUGCAUUCUUGAUGGUGAGAUGUUGGUCUGGGACAGAUCUGCGAAUAGAUUUGCAGAGUUUGGUUCAAACCAAGAAAUAGGUUCUGAUAUUCUCUUUCCAAGUCUGCAAAGGAUGGGCUUGAUAGCGACAGACAGUUAUGUUGUAUCCUUAAGGUUUGAGCUGUACAGACCUAGAUCUGUAAGCCUUGACCUAUGGCUAGAUGUUGCAUUUGACAUUCUUUAUGUUGGAGAUACGAGUGUCAUUCACCAGAGCUUGAAGGAGAGACAUCAACUUCUCAGGAAAAUUGUCAGACCAGUUUCUGGUCGUUUGGAGAUUUUGGUUCCAAAUGGGGGUCUUAAUGCACAUCGUCCUGCUGGGGAGCCAUGUUGGUCUCUAGUUGUUUAUGAUGUUGAUAGCGUCGAGAGAUUCUUUAAAGAAACCAUCGAGAACAGAGAUGAAGGAAUUGUUCUGAAAGAUCUUGGAUCCAAGUGGGAGCCGAGUGAUCGAAGUGGAAAAUGGCUAAAGUUAAAGCCUGAUUACAUUCGAGCUGGUUCUGAUUUAGAUGUUCUUAUAAUAGGAGGUUACUAUGGUUCUGGACGGCGUGGGGGUGAGGUAAGGAUACUGCUUCAGUUCGUUUCCUUUUGCCGAGUGGGUACAGGACUUUCGGAUGAGGAGCUUAAUGUUCUUGUCACCAAAUUGAAACCUUAUCUCAGGAAGUCUGAAUAUCCAAAGAAAUCACCUCCAAGCUUUUAUCAGGUUACAAAUAACUCAAAGGAGAGACCAGAUGUUUGGGUUGAAAGCCCAGAAAAAUCAGUUAUAGUUUCCAUCACUAGUGAUAUUCGAACGAUCAGAUCUGAGCUUUUGUUGAAUUGGUACAUUCAAGCAAUGGCUCCACACAAAGAGCGAAUGAUAAUGAAGCUGUGCACGAACAUAAACCAAAACGGGCAAAGGCGAAACAUCGAUAUUUUCAAACCUGACUUUGCAAAUAUACCUUCUUCAUGCUCGCUUGAUUCCUUGCACAAAAUGGUGGCAGAGAAUGGUGGCACAUUCUCAAUGAAUCUGAACAAUUCGGUUACUCACUGCAUAGCCUCUGAAAGUAGAGGUUUGAAAUUCCAGGCUGCUAAGCGCCAAGGAGACGUUAUUCAUUACUCUUGGUUUGCCGACUGCUGUGCACAGAAGAAACUUAUUCCAUUACAGCCUAGGUACUUUCUUUGUCUGUCUGACACGACAAAGGAAAAGCUAGGAGAAGAAAUCGACAAAUUCUCGGACUCAUACUUCCUGGAUCUCAAUGUGACGGACCUCAAACAGAUCUUUAGCAGCAUGGGUAAGGUUGAAGAUUCUAAAGGAAAAGAGUAUUACAAGAAAAAAUACUCUCCGAGGGAGGAAUGGGUUCGCUUUCAUGGUUGUCGUGUUUACUUCCAUCUUCUAGGAAAAAAUAGGAAUUGGGACAUUCCUCUUGAACUUGCAAUGAGAAGGAUGAAGAUCGAGAUUCGCAGAGGUGGUGGUAGUGUAUCAGAUACCCUUUCUUGUGCUACGCAUUUAGUAGUUGUGGCUUUGCCACAAACUGAUAUGGACUUUGAUGCACUAAUGAAUAGUUUCUCGGAGGUGGACAAGCAUCUGUUGUGCAGAAGAAAUUUGCAAAUUGUCAAGUCUCAGUGGUUGGAUGACUGCUUUGAAAAGGACCAGAUAUUGCCCGAGGACAGGUACAGUUUGAUUCCUCAGGGCUUCCAAAUGACGUCAACCGGAGAAGGUGCCGAGCUUCAAAUUAACCCCAAAGAAAAUCCUAGCUCAGGAGUUGGAUCAAGAGAUUCAUUGUCUUCAAUUAAGGAUGGGAAGAAAGAUAUUACAUCAGAAGCAAAGCCAAGACUUGUAAGCUUGCCUAACAACAGAAGUGGGAAUAGGAAAAGAGGAAGGCCCAUUGACAGUAGCACGAAAGGAGGAAAACAGGUCGUCAAAAAGUCUCGACAAACAAGGUCACGGGUUGCUCACAAACCUGCCAAGAUCAAUGAAAACGAAUCAGAUCAAGAUACUUCUUUGGACACUGGAAAAGAUUCUGAAGCCAGUGAAGUUAUAGAAGAAAUCAAGAGAAUGUCAGAUAAAAAUCGGCCCAGAAGAACAAAGGCCCGAAUUACUAACAAGCCCGUGAUUGUUGGAGAUGAUAUGGAUUUAGAAGUCUUUGAAGAUGGGAGAAAGGAACAAUUGCUCUCCAGGACUGCAAAUUCUCUAUUAAUUCCUGAAACUCCGAACACAGAGGCAGUGAAAGAUUCCACAUCAGAAGGCGAAGCACUCAACGAAAUAAAAGACCAUAGUGAAUAUGGACAAAAAUUUGACAAAAUAAAUGAAAUUACUGGCGGACAAGGGUGUAGUAGUAGUAGUAGUAUUCAGUACAACUACCGAGUUGAAGAUGAUAUUGAUCCGCUUGAGGCCAUGUUGCUGAACAUGGUUCCUAUGCUGGCUAAGACAACUGUUGGAAGUUCGAACCCUGUUCGUGUAGAUGUUGAGCAUAAAUGUGUUGACCCCAAACCUGAAGAGGGAAAAUCAUCUUUAGAUGCUGGGACUCAAUUGGUUAAGAAACCGAAAGUGAGCUUUAGGGAUCUUGCUAAGGAAUUACUGGAGGAAUGGUAAAAGGAUUAUGGAACGAGCCUUUGGUUUGUAUAUUUAUGUAUUUUGUGUGCUUGUGCAAUGUACUCUGUUUACUUUGUAGUAUUAACUAUGGUUUGCAGAAAAUAUUAAACUAGCGUCUAUCUUCCGUUAACAAAGAAAAAGACAGAAAAAUGACAUAUUUUCCCUUUAUUUUCUUGGUAUGGACAUCAAUUGUUUUGCAAUCAAGAUCAUGGUUCUGAAAACUGGACUGGACUGGUCGAUUUGACCCGUUCAGCCAGGAACCGACCAUCACAGUGGUUCGGUCUGAGGUGUUCAACUGUUGAGUAUACAAACCGGUUAAAAACCGUUCAA